CCAGUCCUGUGUUACAGGUUGCUAGAUUCUUUCGCAGCUCCGCACAAGAGACUUCCCAGGCUGUGAGUACAUUUGUGUGCCAUGUGAGAGUGCUGUGUUAUGGAAUCUGUGGCACAGAGAUGUUCUUGUCUGCAGCGAGGAAGGUCCUACAAGAGAGCCAGGAGGAAAUGCCAUCUGCUUUCAGGCUUUUUGGUUCAAUCUCCUCUUCUCUGUUUUUCUCUCUCCAUCCUUGGCAUCUUUGCAAACAGCAGUUCUUUUAGAAGCUGCAUUUAUGAAUGAGGAGUGCAUGGAAUUUUGGUGCUGUUUUGCAAACCAAGCAGAAGCAGAGCUUUUUGGCAGCAGCUAGAUCGUGGAAUUGUCCAAGAAAUCAUGGAGAGAUGCUUUCUGUUUUUAUUCAGAUAGUCUUUUACGUUUAUUAGAGAUUUUUUUUUUAAAAUGGAAAUCCCAGAGGACUCAAGCAAAUUCCUAUCCCUUUGUGUGCAUGGAUGCUGUUUACUACUUACUCUCUGGAUUUCUGCAUCCACCUAGCAGGACCACAGACAUGGGUGGAAGGCAAUCCACAGCUGACGAUCCCUCCAUUGGCCAGUUUCCUGCAACAGACACCAUUCAGAAUGCUUACAGAAGUGGAGAAUUUGGGAAAGCUCAAGAGCUGAUUAAAAUGGUGUGUCAAGAGAACAUCUCGCAAGUGGAAAAGGGCCACCUCUUAAGUCUAUCGGCUGCCUAUGGGGACCUGCAGGCUGUGAGGUAUAUGCUGAAAGAAGCAUGUGUUGUGGUGCCCCUUGAACCCAGUGAUGACAACCCCGCUGUCAUGGCGGCAUAUUUUGGGCACAAGGAUGUUGCACAAGAACUCCUGGAUUCUGUUCUCGGUCCUUCCAGUGCCUUGCAGCUUCUGAACUGGAUGCUUGCUAUUGCAUGCCAACAAGGCCAUCUAGAGUUAGUCAAAUUGUUAGUCCUGACAUACAAAGCAGAUCCAGACAGCUGUGCAGUAAGGAAGAAUGAAUUUCCUGCUCUUAUCCGAUUGCCUCUUUAUGCAGCUAUAAAAGCAGGAUAUGAGGAUGUAGCUGCCUUCUUGCUUGAGCAUGGAUCCUUCUUUUGUUCCUACAUCUUGAUGGACUGCCCUGGUUCAAGCAAACGCCUUCUUCGGAAAUAUUUUGUUGAAACAACCAUAUUACCCAAGAGUGCGCCUGCAAAAGCAGCUCUCUUGGUGAACUGGUCAAACCUCAAGCUUCCUUGGGUGGAUCUCGAUUGGCUGAUAGAUAUCUCCCACCAGAUAACUGAGCUCAACCUGGCUGCCAAUUGCUUGACCUCGCUCCCAUCCAUUAUCCCUUGGGGACUGAUUAACCUCCAGAAAUUGAACCUCAGUGAAAACCGAUUAAGUGAGCUGCCUGAAGUCCACUCUUCAGAUGGAAUCAUGUGCACAAAGUUGCUCGAGGUUGACAUCUCCAACAACAGGUUUCUCAGUCUUCCUUCAGGAUUCUUGCACCUCUGCAGACUCCAAAGGCUCGUUGCUGCCAAAAAUUAUUUAGAAAGGUUAUUUGAUGAGGACAUCGGAAUUAAUUGGAUUGGAUUAAGGAAACUGCAGGAACUGGAUGUCUCAGACAAUAGAUUAUUGGAAUUAUCCACUCAAUUUCUUCACUGUCUGAAGUCACUGAACAUCCUCAAUGUGACCAGGAAUAAUCUGAAGGUGUUUCCUCAGCCAUGGGCUUGUCCCUUGAAAUGUUGCAAAGCAUCCAGAAAUACAUUGGAAUCCCUGCCUGAUACUUUGGCUGUUUUUUGGAAAAAUCACCUGAAGGAAGUAGAUUUUUCUGAAAAUCUUCUGAAAGAGGUUCCCCAGUGUCUUUUCCAACUGGAAGUUUUGGUGUCCUUGAAACUCUCUGGGAACCAGAUAGUCACAUUACCUUCUCCAGAGAAGUGGACUUGCAGGCAGCUAAAAUCUCUGGACCUCUCAAAGAACCAGCUUGGAAAAACGGAUGAAGGGGUCAAAACUAAGCGGAUUGCAUUUUUCACUACUAGGAGCAGAGGCCGUGCUGGCACUGAAACAGCUGCCCUGAGUGCCAAUUUUUGGGCAGGAUCCACCUUGGAGUUUCCUGAAUAUCUGAGCGAAACUCUUGAAGUUCUCUACCUGAAUGACAACCAGUUAGACUCCGUACCCCAUUCGGUCUGCCUCCUCAAAGGGUUGUCAGAGCUCUAUUUGGGAAACAAUGCAGGCAUUCAUGAGCUUCCUCCUGAACUUGGACAACUGGCUAAUCUUUGGCAGCUGGAUAUUGAGGAGCUAAAUAUUGGCAACCUUCCUGCGGAGAUCAGAAAAGAGAGUCCCAAGACCAUUUUAGCCUACCUACGAGCCCAGCUACGCAAAGCGGAGAAAUGCAACCUGAUGAAAAUGAUCGUCGUGGGACCCCCACGGCAAGGAAAAUCCACGUUGAUUGAGAUUCUGCAAACAGGGAAAGCUUCCCCAUCAAUGCCCAAUGAUGCUACGAUCCAGACCACAAAGUGGGAGCUUCAGAAACCAUCUGGAUUCAAAUCGAAGAUGGAUUCAGUUGAGUUUAACGUCUGGGAUAUCGGGGGUCCCACCAGCAUGUCAACAGUCAACCAGUGUUUCUUCACAGAUAAGGCCUUGUACGUAGUCGUCUGGAACUUGGCACUCGGGGAAGAAGCUGUUGCAAGUCUUCAGUUUUGGCUACUGAAUAUUGAGGCCAAAGCACCCAAUUCGAUUGUGUUGGUGGUGGGAACUCACCUUGACUUGAUUGAUACUAAAUUCCGGGUUGAAAGGAUCGCCACCCUGAGAGCAUAUGUCCUGGCUAUCUGUCGAUCUCCUUCUGGCUCAAGAGCAACUGGUUUCCCAGAUAUCACAAUGAAACACUUACAUGAAAUCUCAUGUAAGACACUAGAAGGUCUGGAAGGACUGCGACAUCUGAUCUAUCACAUCACUGUGAACAUGAAGGACGCUGGGAGUUCUAUUGGCUCCCAAAAGCUUGUUGGGAGAUUGAUACCAAGGAGUUACUUGAGCCUCCAAGUGUCCAUCAUAGGUGAGCAACAGAGGAGAAGCCAAAGCGACAAUGUACAAUAUCUAACAGACAAGGAAAUAGAGGAAAUCGUAGAGAAAACUCCUGGCAAUGACAUCAGGGAUCAUGAGGAUUUGCAAGCUGCCAUGAAUUUCCUGAUAGAAACGGGAACGCUGUUGCACUUCCCAGAUACAAGCCACGGCCUGAGAAACCUCUAUUUCCUCGACCCAGUUUGGUUGUCGGAAUGCCUGCAAAGAAUCUUCAACAUCAAAAGCUCAAAGUCAGUUGCUAAGAACGGCGUGAUCAAAGCUGAGGAUCUGCGGAUGCUACUGGUUGGGACAGGGUUCACCCAACAGACGGAAGAGCAGUAUUUCCAGUUCCUUGCCAAGUUUGAAAUUGCGCUGCCGGUAGCCAACAACAGUUACCUUCUACCCCACCUGCUUCCUGCCAAACCAGCCCUUGACGUUCAUGGCUUACGCCAUCAGACAACAAACACCAUCCAAAGGGUAUUCAAGAUGAAUUUUGUCCCAGUUGGCUUUUGGCAAAGAUUUAUAGCCCGGAUGCUUAUCAGUCUUGCAGAGAUGGACCUCCAGUUCUUUGAAAACAAGAAGAACACCAAGACUAGGAAUAAAAGAGCUGCCAUCUACAGUUUCACCGGCACACAGCGAAACAGAUGCAGCACUUUCCGGGUUAAAAGAAACCACACCAUUUACUGGCAAGAGGGGCUGUUUGUCACCUUUGAUGGAGGUUACUUGAGCGUAGAGUCUUCAGAUGUUAACUGGAAGAAGAAGAAAAGCGGUGGCAUUAAAAUUAUCUGCCAGUCAGAGGCGAGGGAUUUUUCAGCAAUGGCUUUUAUUACCGAUCACGUCAAUUCCCUGAUAGACCAAUGGUUUCCUGCACUCACAGCCACCGAGAGUGAUGGGACUCUGCUGAUGGAGCAGUACGUCCCUUGCCCAGUCUGUUCGACACCUAAAAAAAAAGAUGAAAAAGGCAACCAGAAAAUCGAGGACAUGCAGUACUUCAACAUGGAGGAUUGUGUUCUGACGGCUAUUGAGUCCGACAGCAUUGUUUGUGGUUACCACCCAGAUAUACCUGUGCUUUUGCAGGAGUUGGUUCCUGAGCUUUUCAUGACAGAUUUUCCUGCCAGAUUGUUUUUGGAAAACAGCAAACUGGAAUACAUUGAAAAUGAAAGCAAUGUCCUCGGCCAAGGAGGAAGUGGGACUGUUAUAUAUCAGGCACAGUACCAAGGAAAACCGGUGGCAGUGAAGCGAUUUCAGAUUAAAAAAUGCAAGAGUUCUGCUUGUUCAGCUACAGACACGAUGCUGAGGCACCUGCGAGCCAUGGAUGCCAUGAAGAACUUCUCUGAGUUCCGCCAGGAAACCUGCAUGUUGCACUCACUCCAGCAUCCGUGUGUUGUCUCCUUGAUCGGGAUCAGCAUCCACCCGCUCUGCUUUGCCUUGGAGCUGGCUCCUUUGGGCAGCCUCACCACUGUGCUAUCAGAAAACUCCAAAGGAGCAUCUUUUGUGCCACUAGGGCACAUGUUGACUUUAAAAGUGGCAUACCAGAUAGCAGCUGGCCUGGCUUACCUCCAUAAGAAGAGCAUCAUUUUCUGUGAUUUGAAGUCAGACAACAUUCUUGUGUGGUCUUUAGAUGUGAGAGAAAGCAUCAAUAUCAAACUGUCUGACUACGGGAUUUCUCGGCAAUCCUUUCACGAAGGGGCUCUAGGCGUGGAGGGUACACCUGGGUACCAAGCCCCAGAGAUACGACCUCGGAUUGUCUAUGAUGAAAAGGUUGACAUGUUUUCCUAUGGAAUGGUGCUCUAUGAGCUGUUAUCUGGACAGCGUCCUGUGCUUGGGCAACAUCAGCUUCAGAUUGCAAAGAAACUUUCCAAAGGGAUAAGGCCUGUUCUGGGCCAACCGGAAGAGGUGCAGUUCCAUCGACUGCAGGCCCUGAUGAUGGAGUGUUGGGACACCAAGCCUGAAAAGCGACCGUUGGCCACCUCAGUGGUAGGAAGAAUGAAAGACCCCACCUUUGCUACAUUCAUGUACUUGCUGCCAUGUGGGAAACAGUCAUCUUUCUUCUCUUCCCAAGGGCAAGAAGAGUACACAGUCGUAUUCUGGGAAGGGAAAGAAGAUGCCAGAAAUUAUACAGUAGUGAAUGCAGAGAAAGGGCUGAUAGAAGUGGCAAAGAUGAGCUGCCCAGGAAUGAAGGUGUGCUGCCAGCUGAAAGUUCAGAAUUCACUAUGGACUGCCACAGAGGACCAAAAGAUUUAUGUCUACAGCUUAAGAGGCAUGUGCCCUCUGAAGGUGCCACAAAAAGGUGUCGACACGCCAGCAGUUGUCACCUAUUUCCUUGCGGUACCCAUUGUAAAAAAGAAUGCCUACCUAGUGUUGGCUGGUUUGUCAGAUGGACUUAUAGCUGUUUUCCAAGAAUCCCAAGGUGUCCCAGAGGACAGUUGCUGCUACCUGUGCUCCCACACUGCUAAUCGCUCCAUAUUCCAGAUCAGCGAUGAUGACCCCCGCCAAAAUCCUUACCCUGUGAAAGCAAUGGAAACAGCAAACAAUGGGACCGAAGUCUGGUACAGCAAUGGCCCUGGCGUCCUCAUUAUAGACUGUGGAGUCAUGGAAAUCACCAGGCGACUAGAACCCUACAACCCACCAUCUGUCAUUGUUUCCAUAGUGUGUAGUUCAGAGUGUAAUGGGGAGGAGGUGGCCUGGUGCUUGGAUGAUACAACCAAUUUCCUGGUGAUGUACUACACCACCACUUACCAGCUCUGUGCGCGCUAUUUCUGUGGGGACCAAAGCCCCUUGAGAGACAUGUUCACUAUUCAGCAACCAUCAACAUCGAUUCCCACUAUGCUAGCUACAAAUGGGAGUUUGGGUUCAGAGACCAGUUCUUUAACAGAUGUGAACAUUCUACAAAGCCAAGAACUAGGGAUUCAGAUAUUAAACCAUCAGGACUCUUUGACAGACUACUGCUCAGUGUCAUCUUACUCACCCUCAUCUACCAACAUGCUGACAAGAUCCUUCUCAAGCCUGCCAAGCUCCCCUGUGAGCUCCUCCAGUGCACCUUUCUCGACAGAUUGCGAGGAACUUGACAAGCUUCAGGGGCUAAACCUUCCCAUGGAAGGACCUGAAAGUAUUUCUGAACCAACCAGUGAUGAUGUUGAGCGUCUCCAGGCCAUGAGAAUCCUCCCUGUAAAAGACCUCAUAUGGAUCCCUAGGCAAGGUGGAGAUAUCAUUGUGAUUGGCUUAGAGAAAGAAGCCAUCUCUCAGCGGGGCAGAGUCAUUGCCGUACUAAAAGCUGCAGAGCUGGCUGCUUAUGGGUCACUAGUGGAUGCUGCUGUCCUGGCCAAGGAUACUGUUGUGUGUUGCUUCAAGAAUGAGGCCAUGGAAUGCUGCCUGGCUGUCUGGAGGAGCUGGGGUGCCAAAGACUUUGACAUUUUCUACCAGUCGUAUGAAGAACUGGGAAGGCUUGAAGCUUGCAUGCGAAAGAGAAGGUAGUGCUUGUGGAUGAAGGCACAGUGACUGAGUACUUUAUAGUAACAGAAAACUGACAGAAGAUAGACAACGUCCAAGCUAGAAUCUUGCCUGGAUGGUUAAUCUUCUAAUAUUGCUGCUAAAGACAUUCUUGGGUUUAUGUCCUCAAUGCCUUUCAGAUAGUCAUCUGAUAGAACAUCAUUUGCAUCCUUAUCUCAGUCGUGUGCAUGUGUGAAUCUGGCCGACACAUCUCUGCGAGGCCAAUGUCAUGCUGUAUUGUUAUGCAAUGCACUGAUUAUAUUUUCCAAAACAAACAAACAAACAAACUAAAAACCAAAAUCACAUACCAAUUUUUUUUUAAGUUAGUGGUAGAUCUCACAACAAUAAGGACACGGUCCGGAUCAGCAAUACCUUAUUGGAUAUGGGGGUAACACCUGCUUUAAACUGCAUAGGUUGAGCAGUGGAAUGGGAAGAUGAAUAAAUUGCACUUAGAAAUUC